AUGGACGAGCCUCCUGUCGACGGCCAGCGCCAGCGGCGCUCCUCCAUCGAGAAGCAGCCUAUAUUGUCCGACCGGGGCAUGGGCGACUUCGACGAUGACCCUGAGCCGUCCGCUCUCGACAGGCUGCCCGAGGAGAUCAUCCAGCAAAUUCUGGAAGCCGCCGACCCGAGCUCUUUCGCCUCCUUGAUUCUCGUCAAUUCAAAAUGGCGCAGUGCUUCGCAGCAAGGUCGACUUUACGCUCUCCAGCUGAUGAGAUGUCCGUCAUAUUCCGCGAGUCAUAAGAAGCCUCCCAACGGCGCACAGGACAAUCUGCCCGCCUUGAGGACGUUGUUCGCGAGGGAGGUCAAGCGGAACCUCUUCGACGCUUACCUGCGCCCGAAUCACACCAUUGUCAAGAUUGUGUCCAACUCCAUUAGCUCUUCCUCGUGCCCUGGCGGCGAUGGCAUGUCCUUCAGCCCCUCGCCCAAGGGCCACUUCCUGCUUGCUUACAACUCUUCGCGCAUCAACAUCAUUGACCUUCGCGGUCCCACUUUGAAAGUGGAGAGGGAGCUCAAGAUACUCCGCAGACCCGCUGCGACAUGUGUCAAGGAUGACGGCUCUCUUUUGGCGGUGCUCUUGACUGAGAUGCAGGUCGACUUAUACGACCUCACCCAGAGCCCUCCGAAACGUACUCAGUCCAUCAUACUUGACCACAGCCCUCGCACCAUCGCGCUGUCGCCAUGCGGCACUGUCCUGGCUGCCGCCUACGAAGGCGGCAUCGAAGUCCAGUCCCUCGGCUCGGGGGCCCUGCCUACUGAUAGGAGGUCUGUCAAGUGCGACGCUGUGGACGCCCUCGCCUUCUCUUUUGAUGGCACUCAAAUCCUAGGCACCACCGUCCAGUCUGCCCAGCCAAACACAGUCAUUCUGACGGCGCCUUAUUAUGAUCCGGGCAGUCACCUGUCCAGUGACAAUAUCAGUGCUCUGUGGACCACCUCGAUUCUUUUCCCAAAUACCAGCCGUGAUUGCAGCCAUGCCGUGCUUAUACAGGAAUCCGCCCAUGACGAGGCGGCCUACGCCUUUACUUAUGACCGCAGUUUCGAGACUUUCCGCGCUGUGCGCAUCGAUGAUUUACGGAAUGGCACCACCUACUUCACCGGGCCCAUCCCCAACACCCCAUUACAGGCGAAGCUCAUACCGUGCACUCUACCGGCAGCUUCUCUUUGCGGCGACCUGGUGUCUGCAGGUUUCCAGGGAAAAGAGGUCUGGCUGUACGGUGUGCCUGAAGACCUCGAGGCGGUCCCGGAUUCUUCCAGCAACAAUCUAGAUGUUGCCGCCAACCCCGGUGGAGUCCAUCGCCGGGUUAGCGGAGGCUCCAUGCGCUCCAGGCCACAGGAAGCCGGGGAAGCAAGGGUACCACAAUGGCAAUUACUGUGCGACAAGCUCCGCAAUACUUUUGUGGAAGGCUUCAAGGUGACCGAGCUCAGCGGCGUGAGCACUGUGAAGUGGGUGGCUGGAUUCGGGGACUCAUCGCUGAAGGAGCGUCUGGUCAUUGCUGCCAAGGGCGCUGUUCCGGCCAAACCCAUCACGGAUGAAGACGGUAUAGACUUUGAGGAUGGUGGCAGGCUGACGCUGGUCGAUUUCGAUUACGGGAUGGAAGACGGCCGUGUUGCCGAAAUCACCAUCGAGGUGGGGCUAGAAGAGCCGGAGGUUCUCGAGGAGGAGCACCGCGACUUGGCUACAGAGGUGGCCAUCGUCAGAAGAAGGACUGUGGCGCAGAGGCGGGGCCCUCGCAGUGCGAUCAUGAGAGCGGCAACAACGGCCGCGCGACCCACACCCGCCUCGGCGACGGAGGAAGAGGACGAUGAUGACGAUCCCCUUGUGCCUCGUCGGAUUGGCGAAGCACCACCUCGCCCAGCGCAGCCUCCUGCGGCUACCGAAGAGACGGAGACAGCGACGAUCAUGGAGGAACAGGAGGCCUUGGACGCACCUUACUCGCACACGGGCCCUCGCUCCAUUACCACUCUGCGUCGUGCCGCCACCGCGGCUGCCAACCACAGGCGACUCAACCCGACUACCACGGCGGGGACACCGGUUGAAUAUCGACGGGCUGAUGGGCGGGCUGAGCACCCUCACGAGAGUGACGCCGACAACUGGGUACCUCCACCCCCGCCUUAUCAAAAGGAGGACCCCGAGGAAGCACCCGCCUUCUUGCGUCACUCGAUGGUACCGGUGCUAGCCACGACAGAAUCCGAGUCUUCAGAACGGGACCUGCCCCCUGUUCCACCUAUCCCACCAGUCCAUCGAGUGCCAGGGCAAGAAGGCGCUGCAUCAGGCAAUUCACAGCCUCGGCCUUCCAGACGUCACACACUUGCUCCGAAUCGGAUGGAAGGCACGCACCAGCGCACUUCUCAAAACGCUGUUCUGCAGCAACAGCGAUUUUCUAUCACGAACCCGGCCACUCACAUACCCACCAGGCAAGGGCCACAUAUUGAGUCUCCUACCAACUCUUAUGAAGAGGAAGAUAUUUACAAUGUCUCGCCCCCUGAUACCCCACAACCACAGGCCACUCGAUCCUCGAGCACACAGCAGACUGCCAGCCCAGCGACCCCCCAAAGCGUUGCGCGGUCGGGGUCGGAGCCAUCUCCAGGGCUUACAAACCAGCCCUUAAUUAUCAGCACCCCAACGGGCGUGUCGGGCGCAUAUGAUGGCCCUGCUCGCCAGCCCUCAGAACGGCGCACUGAACCCACCAUCUUCGCACCAGUACCCCGCCACCCACGGCCCUCCCGAAACCCAGGCGCGCCGCGACCCACGGCCGAGCAGCUUGAGGGACAGCUCAACCCAUCCUUCGUCACAUCAGCUGUCCCUGCGCCGGGUCUGAACUCGCGGCUGUCUUCUGUGAACCGCCGGUCGUCCCGGGCGGAACGCAGUGCCGCCAAGAACAUCUCGGAUGCAAAGAAAAAGGGUUGGCGGCCCGGCAGGAGCAAGAGCAAGAAAGACAAGGCGAGGAAGGGCAAGAAGAAGGAGCCUGACUUUGACGUGAUGAGCCAGAGCGCGUGGACGGAUGCCACAUGGUCUACGGCUGGGAGGGGCCGGAAUAGGAGGACAUAUAACUUUGGCGGCGCUGCCGAGUCAGAGAAGGACAAGAAAUGUGUGGUCAUGUGA